AUGCGUCCCCUCGCUAUAUCUAUAUCCCUCCUAUCCCUCCUCCCCACCCCCAGCCUCACCACAUUCUUCUACCCGCACCCCACCGCCUCCCUCCUCGAGCACAUCCUCGUGGACACCUGGGGCGCCUACGCGUCCAACUUCUCGUCCGCCAUCACACCCUGCGACCGGUACGUCACGGAAGUCGGCGCCGCGGCCAUAAACUCUCACAGAACGACGUCUGCGCAGUGGCUGCGCGUGGCCUUCCACGACUUCGCGACCGCGGAUGUGGGCGCGGGGACGGGGGGCAUCGACGCGAGCAUUGGGUUCGAGACGGCGCGCGAGGAGAACAAGGGGAGUGCGUUUAAUGAUAGUUUUACGUUCUGGCGGCCGUUUGUGAAUGAGUUCGUUUCUAUGGCCGAUCUGCUAGCGGUGGGGACAGUCAUGUCGGUGCAUUUGUGUGGUGGGAAGUAUAUACCGUAUCAGUAUGGCAGGAUAGACGCAACCGAGGCAGAUCCUAGGACCGGCGUGCCUGAGGUAGGGACGAGUAUAGAGGCGACGCUCGCCCAGUUCGAACAGGCGGGCUUUAAUCAAGCAGAUGCCAUUGGCUUGACGGCUUGUGGCCAUACGAUAGGAUCUGUACAUGCCGGCGGCUUCCCCGAAGUACUCGAACAAACUCUGAUAACAUCAAACAACACCAACGGAGCAUCAAACUUCGACUCUAGCCGGGCAGUCUUCGAUCCAUUGGUGGUGCGUGAGUAUAUCGACAACACCGGCGCUAGGGGUGGCGCGCUCGUAACCAGCUAUAAUGAGACAAAUAGGUCGGAUUUGCGCCUGUAUGCAAGCGAUGGGAACAAGACCAUGCUGGACUUAUACGCACAAGGCGAUGGGUUCCAGGACACCUGUGUCACCUUGCUAGAGCGCAUGCUCAACACCGUUCCUUCCAGUGUUCAACUUCAGCCUGCGAUCACGCCAGCACUGAUCAAGCCGGUCAACGUGACCUGGGAUGUCACCAGUGAGAACCAAAUGGUGCUUUCAGGGAGAAUCAGGUUGUUGUAUCCUGGGGAAGUCUCAAGUGACCCAGUUUCGAUCACUUUCUCGAAUGGCUACACAGAGAUGUUGGUCCCUGAAGACGGCCUAGGAACUUCUGCGUUUAGACUAGCCGAUAGCCAAGCAAAUGCUACGGCGCGAUAUCUAUCGUUUUCGAUACAAAGUACUAAUCUGUUAGAGGCGUCAUCUUUUACUAUCGCGACGAACGGCUUUGAGCCCCAAGUCUGCCAGAUUCAAGAUGAAGGAUUUGUUAUUCCCAGUAUGACUAACCUUGAUAACGGCAAAGUGUCUGUCACGGUCGCAACAAGGAUAGGGAAUAUUGAUUUUGAUGCGUCGCAACUGGCCGUCGAGAUCGGAGCUCCGGUGGCGCAGCCUCUUACUCUGGUGCCUAAGAUCAUACGGACAGUAGUCAACCUUGGUGAAGUCGAAAGCCCAGUCAGUAACCUACGCUAUUGGUCUGGAUCCGCUGUGAUCGAGGCACCUACAGGAGCCGUGAGUGUGGGCUUGCUCUAUAAGGGAGAUGUUAUCGACAUCCUAUUGCUUGACGCUGCAGUGGCAGGUUGGUAG